UUUCUACGGGGACUCUUGACAUCUUCAGGACAACAAUAACCCCUAUUUUCUUAUAUUUAAGGCCAUUGUUUGAGCAACAUGUAUGUAAUACGAAAUCCAUAUCAUUAUUAGAACGUUAGAUCAUUCGGAGCCCUCGUAACUCCGCCAUCUGACACUGUGUCCCGAUGUUUGUGUUCUUAUCAGAUGGAUGAGUGAGUUUGAUUGAAGCGUUUGUCAUGUAAAUGCGAGCCGUUUGAUGGACGAGCCGCGCAGACUUGACAGAGUGCUGCGGGUCCUUUGCCAUUGGCGUUUAGCGGGUCACAUGGUGUGUCAGGAAGGUGAUAUGAGCGUGGAAGGCAGUUUUACGGCUUUGACAUACUACCUCGAAGGUUUAGGGCAAAGGGAGCACCGAUUAAUGAGUGCUCGGUCUUGAUCAGUUGCGAACAAACAAAAGGCCCGAGGUCCAGGAUGAACUCCUACUUAGACUACCCGGUGUGCAACCGGGGAGCAAACAUUUUCAGUGCCAAGGCCGGAUACCACAAUUUGAACCAUGGAUACGCGUCGUCCAACUCGUGCGCAACAAGUGAGAGCUACGCGCCGGACGGGCGCUUAGUCGCCGCGGCCCCCGCGCCGCACCAGAGCCCGGGUCUCCCGCUGCACCACCAGGCGCACGUCAACCUGGACCUGCAGUUCGCCAUGCCGGGCAGCUCCGUGUACGGCUCGGCCCUGGAAUACGGACAUCACCAGUACGGCCUCGCGCCCGAGCAGGACCGGGCCUUCCUUCACGCGCAGGUCUCCCCCGUCGGAUCGAACCUGGGCCCUUACGCCGGGGACAGCUGUGGCCCCGGAGCUGCGACGAGCAGCCAGUAUCUACACUUUGGAAACGGGGAUCAGAGGCAGCAAGAAUACCAAGAGAGUGUUUACACGAGGUUACCGCCCCACGGAAAGGAGAAGGACUUGGACCAAGUGGAGGACACCUCCAAAACAUUCGACUGGAUGAAAGUGAAGAGGAAUCCACCUAAAACAGCGGUCCUGUCGGAGUUCGGCAUCACCGGGCAGCACAACGUGAUCCGCACCAACUUCACCACCAAGCAGCUGACCGAGCUGGAGAAGGAGUUCCACUUCAACAAGUACCUGACGCGCGGGAGGAGGGUGGAGGUCGCCGCCAGCCUGGAGCUCAACGAGACGCAGGUGAAGAUCUGGUUUCAGAACCGCCGGAUGAAGCAGAAGAAGCGCGAGAAGUCGGCCUGCGUGUUGGUCAGAGCCGCGGCCCCCCUCCCACCCGCGGGGAAAGUCACCGGCACCGACAGCUCUCCGACGGGCAAAGGGAAAGACUGUGAACCGUGAUGUGA